CCAAGACCAGUUCAAGUUGUAGGCACGCACCAUUCACCUCUCCAAUUUAGUUACAUUCAAAUCCAAAUUUCAAACUCAAAUUUCAUUAUUUACUAACUUUGAUUCGAUUCUUGCUCUCAAAUAUUGACAAAGAUGCCUUGCAUUCUAGUGUCGGAUUGUCGUCAGCACUCAACGUUACCAGUGCCAAAGUCGAAAAACUAGAGAUAACAAUUGAGUUGCUUACGGUAACUGAUUAUGUUUCACUUCUUCGUUGUGUUUUCGGUCGUGAAUUGUGAUUUGCUGUUUGUGGCUUUUUUGCAGCUUCGGUCUGUGAGCAUUGUGCAGACGGAGCCAAUCGUUGUGCAUAUUACAUUCGAUCUGGUUCUCGAGGAGAAUUCUGAUUUUGAUGCAUCGCUUAGCUUGAACUAUUUUGCGUCGUCGGUUGCCUCUACCAAGGGAAGUGGUUAUGGUUUCGCUGAUAAGAUUGCCGAUGGUAUGACUAUACAAAUUCAAACAAUCUAUUGCUUAAAACUUGUGUUCUCGUUGUCAUGGGGGAGCAACAUGAAAAUGUGUUAAUAUGGACAACAAGGAUAAUGUGGUAAGAGAAUAGAGCUCAGGAAAGUCCAAAAAUAGCACCAGACGUAAGGAAGCUCGAGGCUUGGGCGCCCAUUUUAGAGGCUUAAGCGUAGGAAGUGUCGCUCACCGCCCGGACGCCCCUUUUGGAGGUGCUUGAGCGCCAGAUUCAGAAGGCUUGGGCGUCCUCUGGAAGGCUUAAGCGCAGGAAGUGCCACUCACCGCUUGGGUGCCCUUUUUGGGGGCACAAGAGCGCUGCACGUAGAAGGCUUGGGGGACCUCUACGAGGCUUGAGCGUGGAAGAUCACCACUCGUCGCCCGGGCGCCCUAAGUGGGGCGCUUCAGUGUCGGCGACUCGGGCUUGGGGUUUGUUUCUGUUCUGCUUAUGUUCUAUUUAAAGGACCCAGGCGUCCUAGGGUUUGUAUCUCUGGAUGGAGCAGCACAACACCACACUCUUCUACUCUCUGAAGGCGGAUUUGGAGGCGGGAGCUUCCAUCCUCUACUUUUAGGGUUUUACUAUCUCAUGUUUUUCCAUUAUUCAUCUAGUUUCUCCAUGUUUAUGGGGAACUAAACUCUAUUUUUUGUUGGGGGAUGAUGUAACCUUGUGAACUCUCAUGUAUUUGAAUUGAUUCUUAAUUCCAUAUGCUUUUUCAUUAAUUGUUAGAGUAAUUCAUCUGUGCUUAUUACAUGUUUUGUUUAACUCAUUCAUCGCAUGAUUUAUGAAUUGCAUGAG